AUGCAUCUUUUCCUAUCUGUCGCAUUUUUCUCCUUUUUCUAUUGUACAUUGCUUCUAUGUGAGGCUAGAGGUGGUGGAGGUGGAGGAGGAGGAGGUGGUGGUAGUGGUGGUGGUGGACAUGGUGGAGGUGGAGGAGGACAUGGAGGAGGUGGAGGAGGACAUGGAGGAGGCGGCGGUGGACAUGGAGGAGGUCACGGGGGUGGCGGCCAUGGUGGCCACGGGGGAGGUGGUCGCGGGGGAGGUGGCCACGGUGGUGGUGGCCGCGGAGGUCAUGGAGGAGGUCGCGGUGGCCACGGAGGCCGCGGAGGUGGUGGCCAUUGGGGAGGAGGGGGCAGUUCUGGCGAUGGAGGAGGAAACGACGACGACGACGAUGACGAUGGAGGUAGCUCCAGCGGAGGCGGUCAUGGCCUGCUUGGUUUACUUGGUUUAUUAGGAUUGAACGGAAUGACAGGAAUGGCUGGCUAUCCUUAUAAUUCGUAUCAGUACCCAUACUACCAGUAUCCGCAAUGCUCUGCGACGCUAUCGUAUUAUGCUACGAGCGGAAUUCCGGUUUACCUAUGCAAUUGUCCAGGAUAUGGAUACUCGUACCAAUACUGGAGAUGUGUACCCAUGGUCAGUAAUAUCUAUGGCCGAUAG